AUGGACCUUUCCGUCUUUCUUUGGCGGACAUUCUGGCUUCAGUGCCAAAUGAUGCUCCACAAUGUCGAUAUCCAAUCCAGGAAUAUCUUGACCCAUUUUCGCCGACCGCCGCUUCAUCCCUCCCAUUUUCGCCGACCCAUUUCCGACUGUCACGACCCAUUUUCGACGAUUUUCCUCCGCCUACUGUCACGACCCGCUUCCGCCGACUGUCACGACCCGUUCUUCGCCGACGAUUCGCCGCUACUGCCUCCGGCCGCCCCUUCACACCGCGCCGCCCUUAUACCCCCACGCACGCGGCAGCCUUCACACCGUCCUCCGUGCUACGCUGCUCCGCUGACACCCACCUUACGACUCCUGCACUUCACCCCCACUAUCACUUCAUUCCAGCCACAUCCUUCAUCUUUCCCAUCCUCUGUUCAACAAACUUCACUGUUGUCGCUGCCUACACCGUCACCGCCAACACCACUUCCGCGACGCAUACCGCCUCCAACACCCAUUCUACUGCUUCCUCGUCGCCGAUUCAUCAGUCCCGUCUUCUGCAAAUCAUUCUGCAAAUCAUUCUGGGCCGUUACCGUGACGGAAAAGGACGUAGCUAGGGACGACGAGUCCAGAUUCCAGAAUCCAAUUUUGAGCGCGCUGGACUCCAAAUUGGGCGGGUUAUUAGCUGAAGCCUCGUUCGUAGAGGACUUCGCCGGAAAAGUUGGACAGUCAACGGUUCUUCGAAUUGCAGCUGGAAUUGGAUCCAAGAGAGUCGCCUUGCUUGGCCUCGGAGCUUCUGCUUCUGGUCCGGCCGCCUUUAAAGGCCUUGGUAAGGCUGUUGCUGCAGCUGCUAAGUCCGCUCAGGCUGUCCACGUCGCUGUCGUUUUAGCUUCUUCUUCUCAAGGACUCUCUUCCCUUAACACUGCCUCUGCAAUCGCCACUGGUGUUCAUGUAUAUGUGUGUUGUUGUACGGUGUUUUACGGUUUGGUGUUUUUUAGUUUGGACAACAUAGUUGUCAAAUGUGUGCCUUGUUCGCAUAUUUUCUGCAAAGCAUGUAUAUCGCGUUUUGAGGACUGUCCGUUAUGUGGAGCUGAUAUUGUGAAGAUUGAGCCCGAUGACAAUCUUCAAGGUGUAGUCGAUCGCUUUAUUGAAGGUCAUGCUAGGAUCAAAAGGUCUGUUAAUUUAGACAAAGGUGAAGAAGCAGCAGAAAAUAAUAAGCCUGUCAUAUACGAAGACGUGUCUUUGGAAAGAGGUUCUUUCUUAGUGCAACAGGCCAUGAGGGCAUUCCGUGCUCAGAAUUUAGAAAGUUCCAAAUCAAGACUCAGCCUAUGUGCAGAAGACGUUCGUAGUCAGAUUGAAAAAGUUGGUAACACUUCAGAGUUAUGUUCACAACUUGGAGCAGUCUUGGGUAUGCUUGGUGACUGCUGGUAUAGGAAUUUAUCUGUCAAGACGACAAACGUGCCAAUAGCCCAGUUUAAGAGUCUUUGUGCUUAUUGGAGUAAGGAAACUAUACAAGCAAUCAGUGAAAAUAACACUAGAAAUAGAGCUCAACUAAAGUGGAUGCAUCGAAUGGGUCCCAAAAACUUUGCUUUGACUCGUGAAAAAGUGCGUGAAAAGGAAAAAAGAGAGCCCACUCAAUCAGAAAUGUUUGUUGAAACUCGAAAAGGAAAUAAAGGAAAGGAACUGGAUGUAGAAACUGGAAAAGUAAUUGACGACAUAAAUGAUAAAAUUCAAGAGGACGACCUAAAUGAUAAAAUUCAAGAGGACGACGUAGAUGACGAAUUUCAAGAGGACGACAUAGAUCUAGAUGAUGAAUUUCAAGAGGAGGAUAUAGAUGGUGAAUUUCAAGAGGACGACGUAGAUGAAGAAUUUAUGGAGGAUGACAUAUCUAACGAAUUUCAAGAGGACGAUCUGGAUGCUUUACUCCUAGAAGACAAACUUGAAUGA